CUGUUCCGCUGCAUCCCAGUCAUUCCUCUGUUCACCAUCCUCCUCCUCCUCGCCGACCCGCUGCAGCGGACCGAGCUGGAGCUGAGCUGACACUCCAGGACGCGCGCUGCCGUGCCAAAGCACACGGACCGCGAAGCCUGCCACGAAUCCGCGCGCCACGGGGACGCACAGAAUCGCCUCUUUUUUUUGUGUGUUUUAAUAUCAACGACUGAGGCUCAAAGUCCGAUCAGACUCUUCAAAGUUGUGAGGAUCUAAGCGUCUCUAACAUUGACAGGGAAUUUGAGUUCCCGUUAGAUUUCUAUUUGUUAUUUUAUUAUGGGGAGACUUUUGUCUGAAACCUCUCCGCCGGAGCUGCAGCCAGCAGGUAAAGGAUGGUGAAGCUUCUGUUCCGCCGCACGACCAUUCCCUCCACGCGGGAUCAGUUCUAGGGACCAGAACCAGCGGAUCUGGGCUUCUGCAGGACCCGGACGUGUUUUCCUCUGAGCUCGCCACGCAAAGGCGCAGAUAAAUGUUGCAGCAGACAUGAGUUUAGGAAACAGAUUUGUCCUUCUUUCACUCUUUCUUGGAUUUGUCUUCAUUCGCUUCAGUCGCUGCAAUCAAGUUGUGCUGCUGGAUACAACGUCGGUGCUUGGAGAGCUGGGAUGGAAGACAUAUCCAAUAAAUGGGUGGGAUGCCAUCACUGAGAUGGAUGAGCACAAUCGACCCAUCCACACGUUCCAGGUCUGCAACGUGAUGGAACCCAACCAGAACAACUGGCUUCGCUCCAACUGGAUUCCCCGACAGGCGGCCCAAAAGAUCUACGUAGAGCUCCGCUUCACCUUGCGUGACUGCAACUCCAUCCCUUGGGUUUCUGGGACCUGCAAGGAGACCUUCAACCUUUUCUACCACGAGACCGAUGAGGCUCACGGUGUCAAGUUCAAACCUGUGCAGUACACCAAGAUCGAUACCAUYGCCGCCGAUGAGAGCUUCACUCAGAUGGAUCUCGGAGAUCGCAUUCUUAAGCUCAACACAGAAGUGCGCGAGGUGGGACCCAUGACCAGGAAAGGCUUUUAUUUAGCGUUCCAGGACAUCGGYGCCUGCAUCGCGUUGGUCUCAGUGAGGGUUUACUAUAAGAAAUGUCCGUUCACGCUGAGGAACCUGGCCUCUUUUCCAGAUACAGUUCCUCGGGUGGACUCUUCCUCGUUGGUGGAAGUGAGAGGGGCGUGUAUUGAUCAUGCCGAAGAAAGGGACACUCCUAAACUGUUCUGUGGAGCAGAUGGAGACUGGUUAGUUCCUUUGGGAAGAUGUGUCUGCAGCGUCGGCUAUGAGGAGACGGACGGCUCAUGUGUUGCAUGCCGCCCAGGCUUCUACAAGGCGUACGCAGGAAACCUCAAGUGUUCAAAGUGUCCUCCACACAGUUUCAGCUACGGUGAAGGAGCCUCAAUCUGCCGCUGCGAAAAGGGCUUCUUCAGGGCCGUGAAAGAUCCUCCAACUAUGGCUUGUACACGCCCUCCGUCUUCUCCUCGUAAUCUGAUGUUUAACAUGAACGACACCUGCCUGAUGCUGGAGUGGUCACCUCCCAGUGACACCGGGGGCCGGAGGGACCUCACUUACAAUGUCCUGUGCAAACGCUGUGGCCCCGAGCCCAACCAGUGCCAGCUGUGUGAGGAGGAGCUCCGCUUCCUUCCUCGGCCGUUGGGUUUGACCAACGCCACCGUCACCGUCGUGGACUUCUCGGCGCACGCCAACUACACCUUUGAGAUUGAGUCACAGAACGGCGUGUCGGACCUGAGCUCCUUCCCUCGGCAGGCAGCCAUCAUCACCGUCAGCACGGAUCAGGGGGGUCCGUCUCUGGUGGGGGCUUUAAAGAAGGACUGGGCUUCUCCGGCCAGCAUUGCUCUCUCCUGGCAGCAGCCUGAAGAAACAACACUUCCUGUCCUGGAAUAUGAGGUCAAAUAUUCUGAGAAGUUCCUCCCGCAGGAUCACGAGCAGCUGAGCUACUCGUCGACACGCACCAAAGCCCCCAGCGUGAUCGUGUCGGGAUUAAAGCCCGCCACCUGGUACGUGUUCAGCGUGCGCACACGCACAGCGGGUGGAUACAGCUCCUACUCACCAAAAUAUGAGUACCAAACUACAGGAGACUCUUCAGACAUUGCUUCUGACCAAGGCCAUGUGUUGGUCAUCGUCACAGCAGCGGUCGGCGGCUUUACUCUUCUCGUCAUCCUCACUCUCUUCCUCCUCAUCACUGGAAGAUGUCAGUGGUAUUUUAAGGCCAAGAUGACCUCGGAGGACAAAAGACGGACAAAUUAUCAGAAUGGACACGUCCCUUUCCCAGGAAUAAARACCUACGUGGACCCCGACACCUACGAGGACCCCACACAGGCCGUCCACGAGUUCACUAAAGAGAUCGACCCGUGCAGGAUUCGUAUCGAGAGGGUGAUCGGAGCCGGUGAGUUUGGUGAGGUGUGCAGCGGGCGCUUGAGAACUCCGGGAAAGAAGGAGAUUGCGGUGGCGAUAAAAACGCUGAAAGGAGGAUACGUGGAGCGUCAGAGGCGGGACUUCCUGCGCGAGGCAUCRAUUAUGGGCCAGUUUGACCACCCUAACAUCAUCAGGCUGGAGGGCGUGGUCACAAAAAGCCGGCCCGUGAUGAUCGUGGUGGAGUACAUGGAAAAUGGAUCGCUGGACUCGUUCCUGAGACAACACGAUGGUCACUUCACAGUCAUCCAGCUGGUUGGCAUGCUGCGUGGCAUCGCCUCGGGCAUGAAGUAUCUGUCAGACAUGGGUUACRUUCACCGGGACCUGGCAGCUCGUAACACCCUGGUCAACAGUAACCUGGUGUGUAAAGUGUCAGACUUCGGCCUGUCACGAGUGCUGGAGGACGAUCCGGAGGCUGCUUACACCACAACGGGUGGUAAGAUCCCCAUCCGAUGGACAGCUCCUGAAGCCAUCGCCUACAGAAAAUUUUCCUCGGCCAGCGACGCCUGGAGCUACGGCAUAGUCAUGUGGGAGAUCAUGUCUUAUGGAGAACGGCCUUAUUGGGAGAUGUCCAAUCAGGAUGUGAUUCUGUCCAUCGAGGAGGGCUAUCGGCUGCCUGCACCGAUGGGCUGCCCCGUGGCCCUGCACCAGCUGAUGCUGCACUGCUGGCAGAAAGAGAGGAACCAUCGACCAAAAUUCACAGAUAUCGUUACCUUCUUGGACAAACUCAUUCGUAACCCAGGCAGCCUGUUGCCACUGGUAGAGGACCUCCAGAGUCUUCCAGAAUCUCCAGGGGAGGAGAUGGACUACCCAAUGUUCAUCUCUGUUGGCGACUGGCUGGAUUCCAUCAAAAUGAGUCAGUACAAGAGCAAUUUCAUGGCAGCAGGCUUCAGCACAUUGGAUUCUGUGGCCAGGAUGAGUAUUGAAGAUGUGAGGCGUAUUGGCGUGGAGCUGAUCGGCCACCAGAGGCGGAUCGUCAGCAGCAUACAGACCCUUCAGUUUCAGCUUUUGCACGAACAGGAGAAGGGUUUCCAUGUAUGAGGGCUCCCAUAGACACAGCCUGGGAUGGACAGGUCGACGGAGCAAGAGGAAGUGAAGUCUAACCCACGAGAGGACGAGUCUAAAGCCUUGUGACUGAGUCUGAACCUGAAGCCCUCAUGCAGGAGGUCUUUGGACACGAUACUACAGCAGACCUUCCUGGUCACUUACUCUUCCCAUAAGACCUUUUUUCUACUGAACAGUGCUUAUUAUGCCUGGUUCUACCAGACCCYUACAGCCUGACUGUACAGACUGGCCCAGGCCCUCCUUUAAGGGAAUGUAAUGCCUUGUUGCAACAGCGGCCCUUUGUGUGUGGAGCAACAAUAUCUUAGAAAUGUAGAUUUGCAAAUGUAAUCUACUAAAUCUUUUGGAUUUGUUUUUCUUUUCUUGCUCAUGUAGCUGCUAACGGGUGUGCAAUCUUUCUGUUUUAGUUCUUUGAAAAAAAAGCAACACUUAAUAUUUUUUAAUUUUAGAGUUUGAUCAUUUAUUCUAAAGGUUUAUUGAAAUUUACUUUAUAGUCAACUGCUCUCCAGAAGAAGAGAAAAAAAAUCCGGUACACUUAAUACUUGAAGAAAGAAACGAGAAGCAAGUUAUGAAGAUGUGUUGAAUGUUAAAAAGUGUAUAGACGAUUAAUAGGAGUUAUUAUAAUGUUCUAAUAUAAAUAUAUGUGCAGUCCUGUUUGUGAAAGCCCUAGUAAAUUUGGAAAUUAUUUAAAUAUUUUAUUUAUUUAAAGGUUUUAUUUGAACUAUAAAGCAGCAAUACAGAAUUAUGCAGUCACCUCAGUAUCUCAGAUAGAGAUGAAGAAUUGUAAAAUGGGUCAGAUGCUCAGCUUUCAGAACUUUGUCGCUUUGAAGAAGAAAAAAAAGGCACCACAGAAGUGACAGUUUUGAGCAAAUCUUUUCUCCAGUGUUGUGUGAUCAACAUGAUUGUUCAUGAAAUUUAUUUUUGAUUGUGAAUGCAUGAAUAUGCUUUGAUCUAACCCAUUCCAUUAUACCUCUGGCUGUCCGUUCUGGGUUGUUUCCUGCUGGAAGGUGAACGUUCCUCUCCAGUCUUUUGCAGCUUCAACAGGUUUUCUUCUAGGAUUGCCUUUUGUUUGGCUCCAUCCAUCUUCUCAUCACCUCUGACCAGCUUUCCUUGUGUCUUCUCCUCUUUUCCAAAAACACCAGAGACAAGACAACUYGUCUUAGUAGGUUUGCAGUUGUCAUCUUUCCACUUUCGGAUCAUGGAUUGGACRGCGGGUCAGUGAGAUGUUCAAAGCGUUGGAUAUUGUUUUAUAAGCUAACCCUGCUUUGAACUUCACAACUUUUAUCUCUGACCUUUCUGGUGUGCGGUUGUGUUGUUGCACUGUAGAGUUGUCAAAGCAGGAAAAGAGAGGGAAGCAACACAAACGGCACCAUAACAACUCAUCACGUGUCGUUUUAACAUCAGCAAAAACAAACACCUGCACCGACGCACACACACACAUACACACACGCUGAAUGCCUUACAGUCUGCCAUGCAAGGAAAAAACAACUUUAUAUUAGUCCACAGGUUUUAGCGCAGUCACAGGACCUAGCCAUUUGUUUGAAUCGUAUGAAAGUGACCACCUGCGUCCACCCAUUGUUUUUAUAACUCACUAACCGGACCUGGAGCUCUGUGCCUUCCGGUCACAGCGCAGUCAUGCAUCAGGCCUGCAGGAGCGGGGACAGGUAAACGCGCACACAUUACGGAUAGAUUUUUUGCGCACACACGCUCUCACAGUUGCCACCCCUCUACAGAACCCUGAGAUGAUCAGAUGCUGUUUGUUUAGCAUGUUCUACUGCUGAGCAAUGUUAGAACGUUCUUUUGUACAAAGUACAAGUAUACCUAUAAUUCUUGUAUUUUAUUUUUCUAUGAUUUCCAAAGAGAUGUCGUAGAUCUUGCACACUGUAAGAGGCAGUUACAGCGAAUAUUUAUUUGCAAAUAAAGACGAACAGUUCUGGUGGUUGACUGCUCAUGCAA